UGGGGAUUUAGUUUAGUCUUUACUUUCUAGUGGUACUUAUCCCCCGUUUGGCGAAACGAGUGGGAUGUUGUUGAAGGAAGUGUUUUUGUGCGCUCUGGUUCUGUCGGUUUCGGCAGACCGUCCGUCAUGGCGCAAAGUGGAAGGAGACCUCGCGGAUGAGCCGGAAGUUGAACUACUCCAGGAAGUGAACGGAGCCUAUAGACUUCCUACUGUUACCGUUCCGACGCACUACAACCUUCAUCUGAAGACGGCGAUCCAUGAAAACGAACGCGAAUUUCAAGGAACCGUCGAAAUUUUCUUCAACGUGCUGGAGUCAACCGAUACCGUUACCGUUCACAAUCGCCGUCUUGUGAUAUGGAAGGUUACAUUGUACUCCGUCACAGGCGAAGGUCAAACUGAGCUUGGUUCGCCGGAAUUCGAAACGGAUGCCGAUACGGAACAUCUGGCCAUCAAACACAGUUCUGCGAUGGCACCCGGAAGCUACAUGGUCAAAGUGGAAUUUAACGGAAUAUUACAGAACAAUAAUAACCAAGGCUUCUUCGCAUCGUCCUACGUGGAUGACACAGGAAAGCGCCAUUAUCUAGCAUCGAGCAAGUUCGAACCAACCCACGCUAGAUCGGCGUUCCCUUGCUUCGACGAACCGAAGCUAAAGGCCACCUUCACGCUCUCUAUUACGCACUCCAAGGACUACAAUGCGGUUGCUAAUAUGCCACGGGAUGGUGCUCUGGUCCCGGAUGUCGACGACGCCAGCUUCGUGACCACCAAGUUCCUGAAGUCGACGAAAAUGUCCACCUAUUUGUUGGCCUUUGCCGUGUCGAACUUUGCCAUUCGCACCAGUGGUUACCAAACGGUUUACGCCCGGCCGAACGUUUACGGGGAAACCGAAUUCCCACUGCAGGCUGGGGUUGAUAUUCUGAACGCGUUGAGUGCGUACACCGGAGUGGAAUAUACCAAGUACAUGCCCAAGAUGACGCAGAUCGCCAUUCCGGAUCGCGGUUCGGGGGCCAUGGAGAACUGGGGUCUGGUCACGUAUGGCGAGCCCGUCCUGCUGUUCAACCCUACGAUUAAUUCCUAUCGCACCAAGAAGAAUGUCAUCACAAUUAUCGCGCACGAAUUCGCCCACCAGUGGUUCGGCAAUCUGGUCAGUCCCGACUGGUGGGACUACAUCUGGCUGAACGAGGGCUUCGCCACGGUGUACGAAUACUAUGCGGCUCAGCUGGCCUACCCGGAGACCCGAUACAUGGACCUGUGGGGAGUUGAGGUGAUUCAGAAUGCCUUUGCGGCGGACGCCCGAGAAUCGGUUCGGCCCAUGACCUGGAAUGCGGCCACUCCAAGCGAGAUUGCUGGCCUGUUUGACACAGUUGCGUACGAUAAGUCGGGAAGUGUUCUGAACAUGUUCCGUGUCGCAUUCCAGGACGACAACUGGAGAGAAGGUCUUGUGUCCUACUUCAAUAACAGAGAGUUGGACGGAGCCAUAGCUGAUCAUCUUUACCAGGGAUUGGAGCUAGCGGUAACCGGGAAGGGUCUGUUGCCAAGAUCUUUCAACGUCAAAGAUGUGAUGGAUUCGUGGACAACCGUGGCAGGAUUCCCGUUGCUAACGGUGCGUCGAGACUACAAGACAGGUGACAUCUUCGUUUCCCAAGAACGGUUCUACAGUGAUCGUCAGUUGCCGAAUGCCCACGUUUACCAUGUUCCAUACAACUACGCAACGAAGUCUACGCCUAGCUUCGAUACACUGAACUUCGAAUGGCUGUCUACCAAGGCUGCAAAGUUGACAACAACUAUCCCUGCCGAAGAUUGGAUCAUCUUCAACAAGCAACAAACCGGAUACUAUCGGGUAAACUACGAUACGAAAAAUUGGAAGUUGAUCAUCGCAGCUCUCCAAGAAAACCCUUCGACUAUCCACGUCCAAAACCGCGCUCAGCUGAUCAACGACGCAUACAAUUUGGCUAGGGCAGAACGUCUGGAUCUAACCGUUCCUUUGGAGCUCAUGACCUAUUUGAAGCAGGAAACCGCCUACCCACCAUGGGCAGCAGCUAGCUCCGUUCUGACCUACUUCAACAACAAACUACGCGGAACUUCACAGUACCCCCAUUUCCUGAACUACGUCACGGAACUUAUCCAGCCAAUUUACUCCACUCAGUAUGUUAACAGCGUCCUCGCCUCCGAAACAGCAAUGGACAAAUAUCUAAAGCAAACCAUUAGCACGUGGGCUUGUCGGAUCGACCAUCAGAACUGCCUCGCUGUCACAGGAAACGCACUACGAAUCGCAGUGGCCGCCAACAUUCCAGUUCAUCCGGACAUCGCCACUGUGGUCUACUGCUACGGUCUCCACGGCACUGAAGAAACGGAAUUCGUUUGGCUAUACGAGCGCUUGCUAGCGUCCAAGAACCAAGCCGAACGGGCUGUUCUAAUCGACUCGCUGGGAUGUUCCCAGAACAAGGAGUUCCUCAAGUCGUUCCUCAUGACUUCGAUCGGUAGCGGCGCCACGUUCAACUUCCUGGAAACCGAACGCACCCGUAUCGUUUCAUCGGUUUACUCGGCAUCCCGUGCCGGAGUCGAUGCGUUGAUCGAGUUUCUCGGUGACGUCAAACUCAUCGAUGAGUUCAUCAGUCGACUAGGCUCGAGCACUUUGAACAACGCUGUGGCCAACAUUGCAUCCCGUACCAAUAACGAGCAGGAGCUGGAGCAGCUGGAAGCUCUUCUGACCACAUUGGGCGACAAAGUGUCGGCCAAUACCGCAUCGUCGGCCAGAGCCACCGUUCGGAACAACUUUGCCUGGUUCCAGUCGUUGGAAGGACUCGUUGCCGAGGAGUUCUUCGCGGCGUACAAACAGUGAAACAGUGGCCGUUAGGCGUUCUUAAAAUAAGCAUUAGAAUUAAAUUCACCUGGUUACAAUUCAAUAAAACUUGUUUCUUUGCCUCUUUUCAAAGCAACGGA